AUGUCAGCCAUGGCCCCUGACCGAGAGCCGGUGCAAGAUGCACCGCUCAUCCUUGAGUCUUCCGCACAUCACGAUCAUCACGCUGCCCCGUGGCAUUGGCGCUGGCACGAGCCGUUUCUGGGCAAGACCCGGAAGGAACUGCAAAGGGCUCAGGAGGAGACGUGCCGCCUGAAAAGGGAAGUGGAGAACCUUCGAAAAGGGAUGGCCCGGCUUCAAGACCAGCUUGAGAGAGAGCAAGCAGCCCUGAGAGCUGCCCAAAUUAUCAAAGACGUGACCGAAGCACAGGCCUGGCCCAGGAUUCAAGACCUCAAAAGUAUGCUCACAGCUGCUGAACGUGCCGCUGGCGCUGCGCAGUAUGCUGCUGCAUGUGCGAAGCAGGAAAACCAGUGCCUUAGAGCAGAGUUCACUGCUCGGUUGGAAGAAGCCAAUGCAGCAAGAGGAGCGGAGCAAGCAAAGUUGCAAAGGCUGGCAGCAGAGCUGGAAGAGUUGCUCAGCACAGAAGACAAAUCCAAGCGUGGAGCGCCUCCGGACCAUGGACAAAUAGCCCUUCGAACGUCAACCAUCGAGACUGCCGCUAUGCCCGAUGCAGCCAAAAGGGUCGAGGACGCGAAUGCGCAAGAGGCCAACCAACAAGUGAGCACCGCAAGAAACCUCCCAAGAUGA